AUGCGAGUGGGCGACAACUAUGAGAUGAUUUUCGACAGCGAAGGCCUCGAGGAGAAUGAGGAGGAGGAGGGGGAGGAGAUGGAUUAUGAUGUUGGAACAGAUUCAGAUGGGGAAAUAGACUUGGUAUCAGCGGCACCAAUCGUUGUAUCGGACAUUCUGCAGCGGUCGCAUAACCAGCAGGCAAAGGUCGAUAGAGAAGCUCGGGUUUCUUCACAAAUGCCCCUGACAGCACCACAACAUCUUCGAUCGCGACAUUUGUCAGACUUUGCAUUUUCCUACAGUUCAACACCGGCUCAGUCGCCGACGACAACAACUUUACCAGAUGCAGAGGUCGACAUGAAUCUCAAAUCGCGUUUCAGAGUAAGGGUCGAGCCCAAGCCGAUCUCUGCAGAGCUCUCCGAAGCAAUUGCUAUCAUGGACCGGGAAAUCCUAGAGGAGGGCCCGCCGAAGAAACGGGGUCGUGGAAGACCGAAGGGCUCAACGAAUGGUAUGUCACAUUUGGCCGAGUUUCAGGUGAACAAAACAAAGAAAACAACAGCCACAAUAGGAGCACCUAAAUCAGGCAGCGGCACCCCAUCGGGGACUGCUAGUGGUGCCGCUGCUGGAGCCAAGAAGCGCGGCCGUCCCAACAAGGCGCCGGAACUAUCAAUGAGAGAGACGUACCUCAAAAACGAGGCUAAAUUCCCGGCCUUUGGUUGCGAAUGGUACGACCCGUUUGAGUAUCCGGGCGGAGAACAUGGAGGCACAUGCCCGGCCGAACUACAAAACAUGGAAACAUUACGUCGACAUGUUUACCUCGUGCAUGGAGACAAGGGUGCGCCAAAUGUCUGCAGGUGGAAAAAGUGUGGGCAGCAACCGGAGCCAAAGGUUUUCGCUACGUACGAGGAGUGGAGAGAGCACAUGGAAAAGGAGCAUUUAAUCCCGUACUCCUGGCACAUGGGAGAUGGUAUUCAAAACCGAGGGAUUGAGACUCUCGAGGUGAAGAAAGACCCAGAGAAGCUCCCAGACUAUCUAUUUAGGGACGGACUGCAGGUCACACCAAGUAUCAAGGAUCAGCAGUAUGAGGAUACUGCGGGUAUGCUGGGUAGGAAGAGGAGAUUGAGGGAGAUCAGAAGACUGGCGGAGGAGAAUGCACCUACCGAACUGGAAUUCAGGGCGCAGCUGCUGGGUCAACAAGUCCCGCGCUUAAAGCGCAAGGGAAGCAGCAACUGA